UAUACAUAGAUAUGUAAUAUGUAUGCGUACGGUGCUUUACCAUGCCAAGUAUAUCGUGUAUCGUGUGUCAUAGCCGCGAUUAUGUUUUACUCUCGACAUGGAAUGGAGAACAGUAGCAUAUACAGUGUUGAUAGUGAGUUUAUGCUUUCUGGUAAUACCGAUCAGAGUCGGACCUGAUACUAACACCGAGGAUAUUAAGCUUUUUACUAGCUAUGUCACGCGUUAUAAUAAAUCUUAUAGAAACGACCCGGCAGAAUACGAGGAAAGGUUCAAACGAUUUAAGAGAUCGUUGCGGUACAUAGAAAAAAUGAAUGGGCUUCGACCAUCACAGGAGAGCGCGUAUUAUGGGCUCACGGCAUACUCUGAUAUGUCGGAAGAGGAGUUUUUGGCGCAAACCCUUGUACCUGACCUUCCCGUAAGAGGGGUAAAACACGUGAACGCAUCGUAUCAUCGACAGCAUCGUUCGAAGCAGUCGAUUGAUCGAUCGAAAAGAUCGCUUCAACCAAUAAAUAUGCCGUUAAAAUUCGAUUGGAGAGAAAAGGGAGUAGUUACUCCUGUGCGAGAGCAAGGAUCUUGCGGUGCCUGUUGGGCAUUCAGCACCGUUCAAGUCGCCGAAUCGAUGCUUGCGAUUAAAAAUGGCACUUUACGCACGUUGAGUGUCCAAGAAAUGAUCGACUGUGCGAGAAAUGGUAAUUUCGGAUGCGAGGGAGGUGAUAUAUGCAGUUUACUCUCGUGGUUGUUGGUGUCGAAAGUUGAAAUUUUUCAGGAAUCUAGUUAUCCGCUCACGCGACAGACGAGUAUGUGUAAAUUGAACAAGACAUUAGAAAAAGCACCUGGCAUAAGAAUAAAAGAUUUCACGUGCGAUAGUUUUAGAGACGCAGAGGAUGAUCUGUUAGUAACGCUUGCUACUCAUGGACCAGUGGCGGCUGCGGUGAAUGCCUUAUCCUGGCAGAAUUACUUGGGCGGUGUGAUACAAUAUCAUUGCGAUGGUUCUUUCGAUAGCUUGAAUCACGCUGUACAGAUAGUAGGCUACGAUAAAUCGGCUACUAUACCUCACUACAUAAUCAAAAAUUCAUGGGGAUCGAGGUUCGGAGACAAAGGCUACAUAUACAUAGGAAUAGGCGGUAAUCUAUGUGGUAUAGCCAAUCAGGUUUCGUCGCUGGACGUUCUUUAAAGAAGAAUAUAUCGACGCGAGCCAAGAUAUUGGUCGUAAUCGAACGAGUAUCGUAUUUUUCUAUCAAACUGUAUAAUGUAUUGUACAUAGAUAGUACUUUUGUAAAAGAUUGACAACGACAAUAAUCUACACGAUUAUUUCUAUAAUUUUACAGACACUCCGUUUCGAAACAUUACAUGUGCUAAGCGACAGAGUAUAAAGAGUAUAUCUAAUAAAGAUUUACAUACGUA